AGGUGGGAAACACUACCAUCAAUAGACUUGAGGCGCUACAAUGACUUCGCCUGAGCAGUUUACCGGCUACGCCGCAUUCGAGCAACAGCACGAUGUGUUCAACUUGAAAGCUCAUACUUAUACACCUCGGCCGUUUACGGAAAAGGAUGUGGAUGUAAGGAUUCUCGCUUCAGGAAUCUGUGGGAGCGAUGUGCAUAUCUUGCGAUCAGGCUGGAGUCAGUCGAAAUAUCCAGCUAUCGUCGGUCACGAGAUUGUAGGCGAAGUCGUGAGAGCUGGCUCAGUUUCUGGCCAUCAACUCGGUGACAUGGUAGCUUUCGGUGCUCAGUGCGAUUCGUGCGGGUCAUGCGAGACUUGCAAGAACCAGCUGGAAAACUAUUGCCGAAAAAAAUGGACGGCGACGUAUCAAGGUUCGCUUGGGAAGGGUGCUUAUACGCAGGGAGGAUAUGCUGACUAUUACCGUGGACCGGGACGGUUUGCUAUCAAGUUCCCUAAGGGUCUUGACCCUGUCACACAUUGCUCGUUACUGUGCGGAGGGGUAACUGUAUAUGCGCCGCUAAAAGCUUAUGGGGCCGGUCCAGGCAAGAAAGUCGGGGUGGUCGGAAUAGGCGGACUUGGUCAUCUCGGUCUACAAUUCUCGAAGGCUCUAGGUGCCGAGACAUACGCCUUGACUCACUCGGCAUCUAAGGAAAAAGACGCCUUGGCCUUGGGGGCAAAGAAGGUCAUCGUGACCAAAGACCAGAAGGCUGUGCUGGCGGAAUAUGCCGGCUUUUUCGACAUCAUCAUUUGCACGUCUUUCCAACCGAAUAUGCCAUUGUCUUCGUUCUACCUGCCGCUGCUCAAGCCGAGGGGAAAUUUCAUCUUGAAUGGAUUACCUGAGGAGGAUCUUCCGCCGAUGAAACCUCAGUCCAUCCUGGGGAAGAGUCUGACCGGGUCUUUGAUCGGUUCGCCAGCCGAAAUCGAAGAGAUGUUCGAGGUCGCAGUCAAACACGGGGUGAAACCCUGGGUUACGACCUACCCGAUGGACAAGGCUGGGGAAGCCGUUACAGCGAUGCACGAAGGGAAAGCUCGAUAUCGAUUCGUACUCGUACCCAAAUGACGUCCAUGUAAGUAUAGCAAUGUUGUCGUUUGAGGUGCGAUGCAAGAAGCCUUGGU